AUGAUUAUUUAUUUAAGCGAUCGUUGUGAACUGCCAAAGAAUAAUCCAUGGGAUCCGAGUAUAGUCAAUUUUCUUCAUCCAAAAUAUGAACAAUCUAAUUGCAUUCUUAAACCAAGGCUAACUGAGCUUUUAAAUGGUCAACUAGUUGAUGUUUCUAAUGAGACAACGGAAUGCAACUAUCGCUGUUUAUACGUGAAAGGCGAGAAAGGCUUCAGGACUGAUCCGUGGACCACAAUGGCAAAAAAUUUGACCUACAAUGUAACAUGUGAUUUUGUCGAGACGCAAUGUUCAGUAGAUUCACAUAUUUUUUAUCGAUAUAUACAUAUACAGGUCCUUAAAUCGAAAACGAAACAUUUUCAAGCGGAAGAUAAAUUAAACCCUAGCAUACUUAUGGUUAUUCAUGAUUCGACCUCCCUUGGUUCAGGCAUUAGAACUCUUGUACGAAGUAACGAAUUCCUUCCUGAUCGAAGGUAUUACGGCGAUAUUACGAUGCGACGGUUUUUUACUAUCAUAACAAGGCUGGUAUCAACAGUCGGCCAAAUGCUCACGCUAUGUUUACAGGUCGGUCUAAAUGAAAAUGAAACUGUAACAUAUGAUUUUAUACGAAAGAAAUAUGCGACAUUUGUGGCCGAUGAAUGGUGUUGCGCUUUUACUUGGCCCAAUUGCUAUGGAUAUAAAAAUCCUCAAUUUGACCAUUAUGCAGCACCACUGAUAGGACGAGUUGAAACAAAAAAAGUUGCAGCCGAAUUUGCAAAAUCAUUCUUUGAUAAUGACUGCCAAAGUAAAUAUCAUAAAAUUAUUGAAUAUAGCGAAAAAUUUGUAAAAACUUACGAUGGAGUAGCGAAAUUCGUUGUUGUAUGGUUUUCAUUUGCUCACAACGAUCUUAAUUCGUUAUAUCCUGCAGAUAAGUAUUUUGCGGACUUUUUCGAAAAUAACAUUGAACAACUUAAAGGAAGUUUCAUUUUUUGGAUGGCUGAUCAUGGCCUCAGAUUUGGUGGACCUCGGCAAACAAAAGCUGGAUUCAUAGAGGACAAUAAUCCAUUUUUAGCAAUUGCCGUUCCAGAAUACCUCCGAAGUAACGCACAAUUACUUCUUAAUAUGAGAAGGAAUUCGAAACGCCAUACUUCACAAUAUGAUAUAUUUGCAACCUUAUAUGAUAUCGCUAAUGUAGCAGGCCGAAAAAAUUUUAAUGACUGGAGCUUUCAUGAUUUUAGGGAUGACCUGGGAUUGGUAAGAGGAGGAACGCGUGCUCGAAGUUUGUUUCGACCGAUUUUAUAUGAUAGAACAUGCCAAGAAAUGUUUAUUCCAAUGGAUCAUUGUAUCUGCUUAAACAGUUGGAGAAAUUUACCAAACGACAGUAAGGAGGUUAUUCAUAUCGCUGAGGUGUUGGUGAAGUACAUUAAUGAUGAAGUUCGAAAUGCAACUCCAACUGGAUCUUGCGCACUUCUCAAAUUUCAGAAGGUAGAUAAAGCUGAAAUUUUCGAGGAGCAUUCGAUAACCCGAAUCGCUGUCAUAGCUUCACCAAGUUAUGGCAAAUACCAAGCGAUUGUGAAAGACAAAGGCGAUGGCGAUCUAGAAGUUGUUUCAACAAUAAGCCGAUUGGACUCAUAUGGUAAUCAGGGUCAAUGCCAGAAGGGUGAAAAAAUAAGGCCUUUAUGUUAUUGCACGAAUACAAAUCUUACGAACAGCAAAAAAUUAAUACAAAAAUAA